UAUCAGUCGAGCACUCUACACGCGCCUUACUCGUACUGAACUGUCGACUCGCUGAUAUCUGCAUCGACGAUUGUGUCGGAUGCUGCUGUAGCAUCAAAUUUCAGUACAAAUCUACGUCAUCGUGACAGUGAUAUACAAAAUCUCGUUGGGUAUGGCAUCAUGAUCUAGACAGGAAUAUAUACACAAUUGAGGUCCACUGUCGUGGGACAGUCUCGGAGGGACCUUUAAUCCUCUGUUUGAUGUGGUAUUGCGAUGCAACGCUUGAACCACCUUGCAAGGUCAUUGAGUGGAGGAUUGAUACGGAAUGAUACCCAUGAAGACGCCUUGCCGCCCACCGAGAACAAAACCAUCUUCCAAGCCUUUGAAUGGUAUUUGCCUGGUCCACAAGAUGGCUCCGAUGACGAAACUCCCAGUCAUUACACUCUCCUGACUUCUCUUCUACCUCACCUGGCUGCACUGGGCAUCACUCAUCUCUGGCUCCCACCGGGUUGCAAAGCCACGUCGGUUCAAGACAACGGCUACGGCAUAUACGACCUGUACGACUUGGGCGAGUUCGACGCCAAACGUAAUGGUCAACCGGCAAGGACGAAGUGGGGAAGCAAGGACGAGCUGCAGGUUUUCUGUCAAGUCGCCAAAGAGCAUGGUAUCAAUGUGCUUUGGGACGCCGUAUUGAACCACAAGGCUGCCGCCGACGACAAGGAAGUCAGUCAUGCAGUCAAGGUUGAUCCAAAGGACCGGACCAAGACCACCACCCGACCGUUUGAAAUGGAAAGUUGGACGGUGUUCAAUUUCCCUGCCAGAGGUUCCAAAUACUCGGACAUGAAAUGGAACUGGGUGCAUUUCACGGCAGUCGACUACGACGCACGGAGGAAAGAGCACGGAGUGUUCAAGUUUAUCGGACAAGGUAAAAGGGGGGAAUGGGCUACUGACGUGAGCGAAGAAUUGGGAAAUUAUGACUAUCUAAUGUUUGCUGAUAUCGACCACUCGCAUCCCGCUGUACGAUCGGACUUGAUGAACUGGGCCACCUGGAUCUCGUCGACUCUGCAGCUAGGUGGAAUGAGAUUAGAUGCGAUCAAGCAUUAUUCUCUAUCUUUCCUGCAUGACCUACUUCGCCAUCUAGACACGACCACGUCACGAGGGAAAGACUUGUUCUUUGUCGGCGAAUACUGGGACUCGAAAUCAGAGAAUCUACAGAAAAUCAUCGAGGAAUUCAAGGGGAGAUUGAACCUGUUUGAUGUUCAGCUUGUUCACAACUUCAGCGACAUAUCGAGAGGUCGGAACUUGGAUCUGAGAACCGUGCUCGACGGCUCGUUGGUCGAGAGAACUCCAGGGCAUGCAGUGACUUUGGUACAAAACCACGACACUCAAGAGAUGCAGUCGUUGGCUGCUCCCGUGGAAGAAUGGUUCGUCCCACUGGCCUACGCCGUCAUCCUGCUCCGACAAGGCGGGACGCCUUGCGUGUUUUGGGGAGACGUUUUUGGCAUCCACGGCCCUCGACCGAGGUUGCCGGCGUGCGGCGGGAAAUUGACCAGACUGGUCGUGGCGAGGAAGCUUUACGCCUACGGCCAACAGAGAGACUACCUGGACAUCGAGGACUGUAUCGGAUGGACCAGGUCUGGCCACAAGUCGAAAUCGAACGGUGCGGGCCUGGCCGUGCUCAUGACCAACUCCUGGGAUCGGAAGUCCAAGAGAAUGUUUGUCGGACAAAGACACGCAGGAGAGACUUGGAAGGACAUUCUCGGGUGGGAACUAGACGUUGUCAUUGACAGGACAGGCUUUGGGAAGUUUGGGGUUGGCCAUCGCUCCAUGGGAGUUUGGACCCAUGAGAAAGCCCCGGAUUUUGAGCGUCUGAGCAGAUUCACAUUCCCAAGACAAGGGCACGGUGUACCUACUAUAUAACAACCCUGCCAGUUUAGGGCAUUUCGUGCUCCGUAUAUAUGGGACGCAGAACAACAGG